AUGUCCAACCGUUCUCCACCCUAUCACAACACGUCCCGCCGUUCCCCAUCCUGUCCCACCGUUCCCCACCCUGUACCACCGUUCCCUACCCUGUUCCAACAUGUCAACCGUUCCCCACCCUGUCCCAACAUGUCCAACCGUUCUCCACACUAUCACAACACGUCCCGCCGUUCCCCAUCCUGUCCCACCGUUCCCCACCCUGUCCCACCGUUCCCCACCCUGUUCCAACAUGUCAACCUUUCCCCACCCUGUCCCAACAUGUCCAACCGUUCUCCACCCUAUCACAACACGUCCCGCGGUUCCCCAUCCUGUCCCACCGUUCCCCACCCUGUCCAACCGUUCCCCACCCUGUUCCAACAUGUCAACCGUUCCCCACCCUGUCCCAACAUGUCCAACCGUUCUCCACCCUAUCACAACACGUCCCGCCGUUCCCCAUCCUGUCCCACCGUUCCCCACCCUGUCCCACCGUUCCCCAACCUGUCCCACCGUUCCCCACCCUGUUCCAACAUGUCAACCUUUCCCCACCCUGUCCCAACAUGUCCAACCGUUCUCCACCCUAUCACAACACGUCCCGCCGUUCCCCAUCCUGUCCCACCGUUCCCCACCCUGUCCCACCGUUCCCCACCCUGUCCCACCGUUCCCUACCCUGUCCCAACAUGUCAACCGUUCCCCACCCUAUCACAACACGUCCAACCGUUCUCCACCCUAUCACAACACGUCCCGCCGUUCCCCAUCCUGUCCCACCGUUCCCCACCCUGUCCCACCGUUCCCCACCCUGUUCCAACAUGUCAACCGUUCCCCACCCUGUCCCAACAUGUCCAACCGUUCUCCACCCUAUCACAACACGUCCCGCCGUUCCCCAUCCUGUCCCACCGUUCCCCACCCUGUCCCACCGUUCCCCACCCUGUCCCACCGUUCCCUACCCUGUCCCAACAUGUCCAACCGUUCCCCACCCUAUCACAACACGUCCCGCCGUUCCCCAUCCUGUCCCACCGUUCCCCACCCUGUCCCACCGUUCCCUACCCUGUCCCAACAUGUCCAACCGUUCCCCACCCUAUCACAACACGUCCCGCCGUUCCCCACCCUGUCCCACCGUUCCCCACUCUGUCCCACCGUUCCCUACCCUGUUCCAACAUGUCAACCGUUCCCCAUCCUGUCCCAACAUGUCCAACCGUUCCCUUAUCCUGUCCCACCGUUCCCCACCCUGUCCCACCGUUCCCCACCCUAUCACAACACGUCCCGCCGUUCCCCACCCUGUCCCACCGUUCCCUACCCUGUCCCAACAUGUCCAACCGUUCUCCACCCUAUCACAACACGUCCCGCCGUUCCCCAUCCUGUCCCACCGUUCCCCACCCUGUACCACCGUUCCCCACCCUGUCCCAACAUGUCGAACCGUUCUCCACCCUGCCCCAACAUGUCCAACCGUUCCCUUAUCCUGUCCCACCGUUCCCCACCCUGUCCCAUGGUUCCCCACCCUAUCCCAUCCUGUCCCACCGUUCCCCACCCUGUCCCAUCCUGUCCAACCGUUCCCCACCCUGUCCCAACAUGUCCAACCGUUCUCCACCCUGCCCCAACAUGUCCAACCGUUCCCCCAUCCUGUCCCGCCGUUCCCCACCGUGUCCCACUAUGUCCCACUGUUUCACGCCGUGA